CAAGUGAUUUCAUAAAGCUUUUCUUUUCUAACUAGUGUAAAUGGAUGAAGAAGUCUGGUACCCAAGAGACACUUGAAGUGGCUUGUCUCUACAGAAUUCGCUGACUCGUCCCCUCUUACUCUUUCUGGCGCUGGAGGAAUAGUUGCGUCGGUGUGUCCAUGUGAUUGCGAGUGAUGAUGUCCCUGUGGGUGUGUAUAUUCCUCCCUGUCCUCUCUGCGGCCCAACGGUCAGAGCCCAUGUUCUCAGCGGUCACAGAGACCAUGCUUCCUCCGGACUAUGACAACAAUCCCACCCAGCUCAACUACGGAGUGGCUGUCACCGACGUAGACAACGAUGGAGACCUUGAGAUGUUUGUAGCCGGGUACAAUGGUCCCAAUCUGGUUCUGAAGUACGACAAGCAGAGGAAGAGACUGGUCAACAUUGCUGUUGACAACCGUAGCUCCCCUUUCUAUGCUCUGAGAGAUCGCCAAGGCAAUGCCAUCGGAGUGACAGCCUGCGACAUUGAUGGAGACGGAAGAGAGGAGAUCUAUGUGCUCAAUACCAACAACGCCUUCUCAGGUCGUGCCACCUACUCUGAUAAGCUCUUUAAGUUCCGUAAUGGCCGGUUUGAAGAUCUGUUAAACGAUGAUAUUAACGAACACCGCGAUGUAGCCAACCGCUUGGCUGGACGAUCUGUAGCCUGCGUAGACCGAAAGGGUACAGGUCGUUAUGCCAUCUACAUAGCUAACUAUGCUAGUGGUAACGUGGCUCCCCAUGCCCUGAUAGAAAUGGAUGAAGCUGCCAGUGACCUCUCCCGAGGCAUCAUCGCCCUGUCCAACGUCGCAGAGCAGGCUGGAGUCAACAAGUUCACAGGUGGCCGUGGUGUGGUUGUAGGUCCCAUUGUUAGCCAGUACUUGUCUGAUGUGUUUUGUGAUAACGAGUACGGACCUAACUUCCUGUUUGUAAACAAUGGAGAUGGAACCUUCACUGACGUGGCUCAGCAGGCAGGUGUGGAAGACCCUAUGCAGCACGGUAGGGGGGUGACUUUGGCUGACUUCAACAGAGACGGAAAGAUGGACAUUGUCUACGGAAACUGGAACGGGCCACAUCGACUCUACCUACAGCUGGGCAACAACCGCAAGCACAGGUUCAAGGACAUAGCGUCUCAGAAGUUCUCCAUGCCGUCUCCGGUGCGUACGGUCAUCGCUGCAGACUUCGACAACGACAACGAACUAGAGGUGUUCUUUAAUAACAUUGCUUACAGAGGGUCGUCAUCCAACAGACUGUUCAGGGUAACUAGGAGAGAACAUGGGGACCCCCAGAUUGAGGAGCUGAAUGUGGGGGAGGCAGCCGAGCCAGAAGGACGAGGAACAGGGGCGGCAGUGACAGACUUUGAUGGAGACGGUCGUCUGGACCUGCUGAUAUCUCAUGGAGAGAGUGCUGCACAGCCUCUCUCUAUCUACAGAGUCAACCAGGGCUCCACUAACUCGUGGCUGCGUGUUAUCCCUCGUACCCAGUACGGGGCGUAUGCCCGGGGGGCUAAGGUAGUGGUCUACACUAAGAGAAGUGGUCCACACACACGCAUCAUCGACGGGGGCUCCGGAUACCUCUGUGAGAUGGAGCCUGUAGCACACUUUGGGCUCGGUAAAGACAUAGCCACUAAUGUUGAGGUAUACUGGCCAGAUGGGAAGUCAAUAGCCAGGCCUCUGGAACCAAGUGAGGUCAACUCUGUCCUGGAGAUCCGGUAUCCCAGAGAGGAGGAGGAGGGCACACCUGAAAUAGAGAUAGAGUGUGGCCAAGGGUUUGCUAUGAAUGAGAAUGGCCGGUGCACAGAUAAGGAUGAGUGCACCCAGUUCCCCUCUGUGUGUCCCACUGACCGUCCUGUAUGCACUAACACCUAUGGCAGCCACAAGUGUCGUGCCAAUAAGAGGUGCAACCAGGGCUUUGAACCCAACGAUGAUGGAUCGGCCUGCGUGGCUCAGGUAGCUUACUUUGGGGGGACACGCUCCUCGGGGGUCCGAAGAUGGGCCGGCUUCUCUCUCUGGCUUCUUUCUCUCUCUCUGCUGACUCUCCUCUCCUCCCGUCUGCAAACCGGACUACUGUAGCUGCUACACACUUCCUCUCCACUUCACUCUGGAACCUUCCCUCCUUCGCUCUCAUCCCUCUCUCUGGGGGAGUGUACAGUGACUCUCGAAAACAAACUGAACAUGAAAGUCUCUUCUCUAUCUUCAUUCCUCUGGAAAAUUAACUGCUCAUGGAAGCAUCCACCAUCUUUUCACUCGUCCUGAAACAAACGGAUCAUAGAACUCACUCCUUCUCUUCACUCUCAAAACGAGCUCUCCAUGAACAUUUCUUAUUCUCUUCACUCCUCUCAUACAUAACAAAUCAUGGACUUCUCUUCCUCCUUUCUUCACUUAUUCAUGGACUUUUCUUGGACUUCUGUUUGUCAACACUUAGCUCCCAGCCCCCUCUGAACUGUAGAAUUACACACACACACACACACUGGGAGCAUGCUGCUGUGAGUUAAGGAGUUAACAACGAGCUGUAGAGUCCUACACACCACCUCAUCAGCUGGACUAGCCUUGGACUUCAGUGUGUCUGCGUCUAUAUAUCGCACACUAUUCCCUCUAGAAUGCACCGGUACAUAUCUGGGUCAUGUUCAAAAGGACACACCAUAGAAUAACGUUUCCAUAUAUUAAUACCUCUACAUUUCACUCUGUUCCAAAACAUUUAUUUCGUGCCUAUUGAACAUAAUAUAUGCCAUUUAGCAGACGCUUUUAUUCAAAGCGACUUAGUCAUGCAUGCAUACAUUUUACAUAUGGUGGUCCCAGGAAUCAAACCCACUACCCUGGCGUUACAAGCGCCAUGCUUUACCGACUGAGCUACAGAGGACCCUGCUUUGGGUUUCCCAUGAUGGAAGAACGGUCAUGUCUGCUUUAUUUGAUACACAAAGGACAUGAUCUUCAUCAUGUUUUUGACAUUAGCAUUGGAUGAUUCUUGAUAAAUGCUUUUCAUGAAAACAUAUUGCAUAACAAAUACAUAUCUAAACACAUAUCACACAGUCAUACCCAAGCCUUCAAUGCCAAACAGUGUUCUUCAAUCCUGCUUCUAGGGUUCCGCAAGACUUUUCUUCCAUCCCAGCACAUACAUACUGUACCUGAUUCAAACUCAGUUGAUCAGAUGAAUCUGGAAUGUUAACGUUGUGCUGGAACAAAAUCCUGCACAACAUUUAGAUCCCCAGGACAAGCACUGAAGAACACUGAUGUAAAAUGAUGCUUUCCACCAAAUGUUGCAUUGCCUCCUUACUGUAAAUAAAUGAUGAUGAUGAUGAUGAUGAUGAUGUAUAAAUUAUGAUGUUCAACCUGUUUUCAAGUUAAUUGCAUUCCUUAUCGUGUCUCCAAUGUCAAAUAAA